AGUACCACCGAUUUCCCUCUUCCGUUGUGUAGCUCCAGCCCUUGUGUUGUUGACGUUUUUGGGCCGCGUAGACUUUCGACUUUACACUCUAUUAUUCCCCGAUAUCGAAUUCCAGCUCCAUGAAAAUUCAAUUCUGACAAGAAAAUCAGCUGACAUUGGCAUUAAAGAACAUCAAUAUUUAUCAUCUUUUAAAGACUAAAAAUUUUUUAGACCACAAAUUACAUAUAACCCUGUUUAUGUAAAUCUGUCGUGAAUUACAGUGAAAUAGUUCUGAACUUGGGUGACAAAGAAGUUUACAGCAUCAGACAUCAGGAACAAACACAGUUGAUGUGAAUAUAGCAGUUAAAAUAAGAGAGAAGUGAUAACAUCUGUUUAUUUUGGAAAUAGAGAAAAACAUUAUGGAAAAUGAAUUGUGUGGAGAUAAAGUUGAAUGUAACGUGCAGUCUGAAAGAAUUGGUUUUCCCGAUGAUAUAAAAAAAGAGAAUGAAGCGUUAUCAUAUCACUGUAAUAUCUGUGAUAGAUCAUUUUCUGAAGAAAGUAGCCUUACAGCUCACAAAUGUAUUAAUACUGCAGAGAAACGAUAUGAAUGCGAUAUAUGUGCUACAUUAUUCUUUAGCAUUACUGAUUUAACAAAACAUGUACGUAUUCAUACGGAAGAGAAACCAUAUCACUGUAAUAUCUGUGGUAAGACAUUUUCUGAUGAAGGUAAUCUCACGACUCAUAAAUGUAUCCAUACUUCAGAGAAAACAUACCGGUGUGACAUUUGUUCUAAAUCAUUCUAUGGGAGUAAUGACUUAACCAAACACAUACGUAUUCAUACAGGAGAGAAACCAUAUCGCUGCAAUAUUUGUGGUAAAUCAUUCUCCCAAACUAACAACUUGGCUAGACACUACCGCAUCCAUACAGGAGAGAAGGCAUAUCACUGUGAUAUCUGUGGUAAAUCCUUCUCUGGAAAUGCUAACUUAACUGCUCAUAAAUACAUUCACACAGGAUUGAAGCCAUAUCACUGUGAUAUCUGUGAUAAGUCAUUCUCAACAAACCAUCACUUAAAUACUCACAAACUCAUCCAUACGGGGGAGAAACCAUAUAACUGUGACAUCUGUGGUAAAUCAUUCUCUAUGUCAAGUAAUUUAACAAAACACACGCGUAUUCAUACAGGAGAAAAACCAUAUCAUUGUGAUAUCUGUGGUAAAUCAUUCUCUCAAAAUGAUAACUUGACUAAUCACAAACGAAUUCAUACAGGAGAGAAGCCAUAUCCAUGUGAUGUCUGCGGGAAAUCAUUCUCAAAAAUAAGCAACUUAACUGAACACAGACAUAUUCAUACGGGAGAGAAACCAUAUCACUGUGAUAUUUGUGAUAAAUCAUUUUCUAAAAGUAGUAACUUAACUAGUCACAAACGUAUUCACACAGGAGAGAAACCAUAUCAGUGUGAUAUCUGUAGCAAGUCAUUCUCUGAAAAAGGACACUUAACUACGCAUAUAAGUAUUCAUACUAAAAAGUAACUAUCUGCAUCAAAAUUUAGGAUGUAAAUAUUUCACAGAGAAAUAUAGCAAUAAAAACUUGAUGGCUUUGUGACAAAAUUUGAAGCCAAAUUAUCAAUAUUGAUAAUUUCUUGUGUAGGAUGUAAAUUAAAACUCUCUGAGCAUAGUAUUUAUUGAUUAAAAUUGUCUGAUGUGUAUAGGUAUUCCUAAUAAAAAGUAACUGUAUAUGUAGGCGCAGGAGUGGCUGUGUGGUAAGUAGCUUGCUUACCAACCACAUGGUUUCGGGUUCAGUCCCACUGCGUGGCAUCUUGGGCAAGUGUCUUCUGCUAUAGCCCCGGGCCGACCA